AAUCUUUGCAGAAUCCGUAGUUCCUGGCGACUAGUGGGUCUUGCAAGGAAAUGGAAUGAUUGGCGACACAGACAGCGGCCGGGGGUUGGCUUUCGUGGGUAGCUAUGGACGAAUAUGACUUGUACGGAGUGGAGGAUGAUUUCGAGAGUCAGUUCGCCUCGGAGCUGGAAGUGCUGGCCGAGUUUGAGGAUGACGUACCUUCCCGUCCCGCUCCCCAAAGGUCCCAGCUACGCAGCAAACUUUCCUUCGAGGAGGCAAUCUCUGCCGGGGAUCGUGUAAAGAGCAACGCCGACAGCAAAACAACUAGUGAGAGAAACGGCGAUGCUCUCGCUUGCGUCAAUACCAGCAAGACUAAAAAGCGAGACGCAAGCUGCCUUGACUUUGAAGAGGAUGAAUUCUCAGACAGCUUCUUUGAGCCUCCUGUCACUCCCAAACACAAACGGCCAAGAAUUGAAGCUGUUAAGAAGCUAGACUUUGGAAGUGAUGAAUAUGCAGGCAACAGUACUGCCCUCAGUGAUGAUAUCACACCUCCACCCUCUCCUCAUUAUACUCAGAAGAAAAGUGAAAGGGAUUCCAAGUUCCCAAGCUGCGAUGCCUUUGAGGUGAGCGACAUGGCACCCCUGCAGGUAACGCCCACAGAAUCGGAGCAGAAGCGCGUGCUUAAGCGUCCCCCUGUGCUGGAGGAUUACAUUAACGUGACAUCCACUGACGGGUCUAGGGUGUAUAUGACAUUAAAAGAGGAUAAUGAUGGCUCAGGGACUCAGCAAAAGCAAGGGAACGUGAAGUGGAACAGUGGUCAGCAGCUGCAUCUCCUGGGGGUUCCAUUCUCCUACUUAAAGGAACAGGUUAACGAUGAGCGCCGACGGCAGGUGUUAGAAGAAUCCCAGAAACUUACAGAAAUGCUGAACAGUCAAAUUAAUGAUGAAUUUGGAGAGGACGAUAGUGAAACACUGGAAAAUGGAGAUAAUGCUGGAGAAGAGGAUGGCGAAAAUGAAUCUUCAUCCCACUCGCUGUGGGUAGACUGCUUCACUCCCAGGCACUACACUGAAUUGCUCAGUGAUGAUUACACAAACCGCUGCCUACUGAAAUGGUUAAAGCUGUGGGACACUGUGGUGUUUGGGAAAGAGAGAGUGGUGAAGAAACCCAAGGCAAAUGUGGACCCACGCGCCAACUUCAAGAAUCAGAAAGAGCAGCAGAGCAAGUUUAAGAGCAAAGCUCAGAUCACCGAGGAGAUCCUGGAAGCUGAACUGGAUCAGCACAACAGACCCAAAAACAAGGUUGCACUUCUUUGCGGCCCACCGGGCCUUGGAAAGACCACACUGGCACAUGUAAUAGCAAGGCACGCAGGAUACAAUGUGGUGGAAAUGAAUGCCAGUGAUGAUCGGAGCCCCGAGAUCUUUAAAACCCGCAUAGAAGCAGCGACUCAGAUGAAAUCUGUUUUGGGUGUUGAUGAGAGACCCAACUGCCUCAUUAUAGAUGAAAUUGAUGGUGCUCCAGCAGUCUCCAUCAACAUGCUGCUGAGUUUAAUCAACCGAAAAGACGCCAAGGAAACUGAGGGUGGCACAGAUGUGACAACAGGGAAGAAGAAAAAGAAAGAAGGUGGUUUACUGCUCAGGCCAAUCAUCUGUAUCUGCAAUGAUCAAUAUGUCCCUUCCUUACGGCUGCUGAGACAGCAAGCUUUCAUGCUGAAUUUUCCUCAGACUCUGCCUUCCAGACUGGUGCAAAGGCUGUAUGAGAUCACCAUUAAGCAAGGUAUGAAAGCAGACACUGGGGCCCUCAUGGCUUUGUGUGAAAAGACAGAGAAUGAUAUCAGAUCCUGUAUUAAUACAUUGCAGUUCCUACACGGCCGAGGAAAGAAGGAGCUCAAUAUGCGCAGUGUGCAGACCAUGAAGAUCGGCCUGAAGGAUCAAAACAAAGGCCUGUUCUCUGUUUGGCAGGAGAUCUUCCAGCUUCCCAAGAUUCAGAGGAAACGUAUCGGCCAAGAAAUUGCAAUUAAAGACCUCCAUCUUUUUUUGGGGUCAGGAAAUGAAUCUCUCGGUGGGGUGGGGAAGGCACCAUUAAGCGCCGUGGCUCAGAGAUUUCAUCACAUUCUGCAUCUCUCCACUUCCACGGGAGAGUACGAGAAGCUCACCAUGGGUUUGUACGACAAUUUCCUAAACAUGAAGGUGAAAGAGUCCAACUUCAGUACAGUGUGCCUGGCUUUGGAUUGGCUGGAGUUCACGGACAUUGUGAACACGACUAUAAUGCACGGGCAGAAUUUCCAGCUCAUGAGAUACCUCCCCUUCCUGCCUGUAGCUUUCCAUCUCCUGUUUGCAGCCUCAAAUGUGCCGCGCAUUGCAUACCCCAACAGCCACUAUGAGGCACAGUCCAAACUUAAUCAAAUGCAAAACCUACUGAAUGCAAUGGUGGCCGAAAUUUCUCCAGCUAUCCGAACGCGCGUGGGGCCUCAGUCCUUGGUGCUUGAUGCUCUGUGCCUUCUCCUGGAUGUGAUCUCUCCUAAACUGCGCCCGGUAAACACGCAGCUGUUCAGUACCAAAGAGAAGCAGCAGCUAGCCGAGCUUAUUAAUACUAUGCUAGCCUAUAACCUGACCUACCACCAGGAGCGGACCAUGGAAGGGCAGUAUGUCUACAAGCUGGAUCCGAAUGUUGAAGAUGUAUGCAGGUUUCCAGAUCUUCCAAUCCGUAAACCAUUGACUUACCAAGCCAAACAGCUCAUAGCGCGCGAGAUUGAACUGGAGAGAAUGAGGAGGACAGAAGCAUUCCAGCAAGCGAGAAAUGCAGGAAGGGACAAUGCCAGCGCCAAUGCCGCUAAACCAACCACUGAAACCAAAGGUGCCAAAAGCACGGCCAAACCCGCGGCUUUAAACCACGAACAGCGGUUGGAGAAUAUCAUGAAGAAGGCAGCAGCGUUUGAGGAGAAGCCUGAAAAAGAUUUCUUUGGUCGCCAAAUAGUCAAGAAGGUGGCAGCGCCAGUGGCAGCAAGUGCAAACCAGGAGGAAUCGGUGGAGAGAAGAAUUGGGAAGGCGGUGGGAAACAGCGAUGUUUGGUUUCGCUUUAAUGAGGGUGUUUCUAAUGCUGUGCGGCGGAAUAUAUACAUUAAGGACCUCCUAUAGGCUUGCGUGUCUUACACGGGGCAUAUGGGUUUUAUAGAGACUGAGCGCGCCCACUGAGGACCAGCUGGGUUGUUUUUGGCUGAACCUUUCUGCCAGGAUCAUUUGGAUUUUGACCAAUGUGGAAGCAAUAAGGAUAUUUAUGGGAGCAGUGUUGCCUUACUCAGCCUGUGUACAUAGGGAGUGUGUGUGUAUUUAGGAGCAGACUCAAUCUUUACAACUUGUUCUUUCCUGGUUCACAUCACAAAGCACCACAUUUGGGUGCAACAUGAUAUUAACAAGUUAUUUGGUUGCAACAGUUCUUUGUUUAAUAUGAAAGUAAUAAAAAAAAAUAUUUUUCAACAU